UCUCGAGCGAAUCAGUGCGCGUUUCCCUCUGCCAUUUGCGCGUCGGUACGCGGCAGCGGUGUUACCGGAAUCUCCGACGUGUGCUUACCGGUGCGUAGAAGACGCGUAACCGCCGUGUCGGUUGAGGUGUGCUUUCACGAGUUCGUGUGCGGGAACGUGUGUGGAUUACGAUCAAAAUCGAUCGAUAUGGCGGACACGGAGGUCAAGGAAACAAAAGUCACUACUCCUCAGAAGAAGGUAGUGGAAGAGGAAAAGGAAAUACAAGAGGAAAUUGACGAGGAUUCGAAAGCAUCUGAAAAUGGGGAUACAAAGGAAACCAAAGAGAAUGGCUCGAGCGAGGAGAAGGAGACUGAUGAGAAAGAAGCAGAAUCUACAGAAAACGGAGACUCGUUAGAUGCUCCAGCCGACAGUUGCUGCGUAAAGAGGAAAUCAACGGCCGGAGCUGAUGCAGCAGAGGAUGCACAGGAUGGUGCGAGUCCCGAAAAGAAGUCAAGACUCGAGGAGAAGUGCUCCGAAGCCGAGAAUAACGGCGACGCGGAGGAGGCCACGGCCUAAUAUUCUCUCAUGUUUAUUAUUGACAGACAGACCUAAUCUAUAGAUGCAAUUUUAACUACCGAGUGUGAAGCCAGGGCAGAUCGUCUGUGCAUUUUCAGAGAGAAGAUGGCGAGCAUAAAA